GUCCUUAAUGUUGCUGCAUGGCGGAACAGGCUUGACAGCAGAGGAACCUCUUUCUGUGGAGUUAGUGUUUCUCCUUAUACGUGUAGUUCAGAUUAUAAACUGCGUACCGAGCUGUCCGGGGUCUCUCAGAGACAAACACGGAGUUUGCUGAGAAGAUACGGACAUUUUGUUUGUUCGUCGGUUUGCUGGUGUGGCUGCUGAGAAGUUUGGAGAUGUGCACACAGACGAAGGCUGCGGCUCUGAUGGCCAACAUACCGCGGGCAGACAUAGACCCGUCCGGCGUGUUUAAGUACGUCCUGAUCCGGGUCCACAGCAGGGAGGAAGGAGACGACUCGGAGGUAGAUAUAGUCCGAGGAUACGGCUGGGCUGAGUACCAUGCUGACAUCUAUGAGAAAGUUUCAGAGGAGCUGGAAAAGGACGGCCACCUGGACUGUGAGUGUAUCGGAGGAGGGAGGAUCAAACACGAUCCCCAGGCCAAGAAGAUCCACGUCUAUGGUUACUCCAUGGGAUUUGGAAGAGCAAACCACGCAGUAACCACUGAGAAACUAAAGGCUCGGUAUCCGGACUACGAGGUGACCUGGGACAAUGAAGGAUAUUGAACUGGCACCAGUCUCUGGUGGACUCCCUUUCUCUUGGACUGACGUAGUACUUACUUGUAAUCCCUCAUGAGAAGGCAAAACAUGUCACUAAUAACCAUACAGAGUUUGACAAGGAGCUUUUUGAAAUCAUGUUAAUUAUCUUGACUAAGACAGAAACACAGCAACAAGCCUGAUUAACCUUAUUUUUAUGUUACAAUUUGAGUAAACAAAUGGUAAACAAUGUUGUUUUUCACAUUUUUACUUUGUAUAGGUCCAAAUCAAAUACAUGAUUUUGAUAGUGAAAUUUCAGUGGUGUGAAAUCUCAUCAGGCUAAAUUAGGAAAUAAAUAACUUACAGACUGACUUGUUUUAAAGUCACAUAGUGUCAGAUGUUGAAAAGUGAACCUUAAAUGCUUUGUUGUGAUGUAUGUGUCAUAAAUGUCUCCUGGGAUCUGCUUAUAA